AUGUUUAUUCAGAUGAUACUAAUCUUACUGCUGAGUUCAGGAGCUGAUGGUUGUUUAUUUCAGACUGAUUUGUCCAUUACAACUCCAAGUCCAAUGGAGGCUCUGAGUGGCUCCUGUUUGUGGAUUCCAUGCACCUAUAAACCUGUAAAUAGAAAUGAAGACAUAAACACUGCAGACCCUGUGACUGGCAUUUGGUUUAAAGGUGGUCGUUGGUCACAGUAUAAGUUUUCAGUCAGUGGAGACUCCAGUAAGUCUUAUCCCAUGAAUUUCACUGGGAACCUGAAAAACAAAAACUGCACCACAAUGUUUUAUAAUUUAAGCAAAAGCCACAAUGACAAAUAUUACUUCAGAGUAGAGAACAGUGGUUUUACGGCCACAGCUCGUUGUGACCCUCUUCAAAUAAAAGUCAGAGACUCUCCCUGGAGCCCCACAAUAGAAGUCUCUGGUAAACAGACAGAGACAGAGGUGGUGACUAUAACCUGCUCAGCUGUCACUCCCUGUCCACACGCCCCUCCUCAGCUCACAUGGGACCUCCACCAAGGCACUGCCCACAUCACAGAGACCAACGGGACAUUUACCACUAAAAUCACACAGAACAUCACUCUGACAGACGCCCAUGAUGGACUAAUGAUAAAGUGUAAUGCAGCGUAUCCUGUGAGUGGAGGAUUCAAAAAAAAGGCCGACAGUAACGUGACUCUCAGUGUCUCAUAUGGUCCUAAAAACACCUCAGUGGAGGUCAGUCCAUCCGGUUCACUGUCAGCAGGUCAGUCAGUGACGCUGAGCUGCUCCAGCAGAGCCAAGCCUCCUGUCCACCACUUCACCUGGUUCAGACACAGCUCACAGGGACCAGCCAAUGUCAGCCAGGGACACACGUACAGCUUCAACAUCUGUGAAGGAGGAGACUAUUACUGUGUGGCCUCAAAUACACAUGGCAAUGGGACGUCUCCAGACAUUACACUGCAAAUAACUGCUGCUCCUGGGGUCCCGUUCAUAGAAGUCUCUGGUAAACAGACAGAGACAGAGGUGGUGACUAUAACCUGCUCAGCUGUCACUCCCUGUCCACACGCCCCUCCUCAGCUCACAUGGGACCUCCACCAAGGCACUGCUCACAUCACAGAGACCAACGGGACAUUUACCACUAAAAUCACACAGAACAUCACUCUGACAGACGCCCAUGAUGGACUAAUGAUAAAGUGUAAUGCAGCGUAUCCUGUGAGUGGAGGAUUCAAAGCAACAGAAAAUACCAUCACUCUCAAUGUUACAUAUGGUCCUAAAAACACCUCAGUGGAGGUCAGUCCGUCCGGUUCACUGUCAGCAGGUCAGUCAGUGACGCUGAGCUGCUCCAGCAGAGCCAAGCCUCCUGUCCACCACUUCACCUGGUUCAGACACAGCUCACAGGGACCAGCCAAUGUCAGCCAGGGACACACGUACAGCUUCAACCUCACUGAAGAGGGACAGUACUAUUGUGUGGCCUCAAAUACACUUGGAAAUGAAUCAUCUCCAGCCGUUACACUGAGUAUAACAGUCAUGAGGGACGCCCCCUGCAACAUCUCCACAGCCAGCGGUCGUUUGACGCCUUUGCACAACCUGAAGCUCCAUUGUUCCACUGAAGCAAAAAGUCAGAUCAUGAUGGCGCCCCCUGCACUGUGCCGUGUGGAAAACAUCUCAGCACCAAUGGCACGCUGCGAGAGGCUGAUGCCGCUCAACAAUCUGACCACGUUCAAAGAGAGAAAGAUUUUUUGCCUUUGCUAUCAGGAGGUCGAGAAACAAGAAACAUUCGUACAAGGAGUGGAAGAUACCAUCCAUUAUGGAGAAAUUAACUUCUCCAACUUCAAACAUUCUUCAAAUAUUAAUCCAGACGAUGAACCACAAGAGCAAACAGUCUACUCCCAGGUCAAUAUGUCCCAGGCUAAAACCACAGAAGAAGAAACCGUCCAUUAUGGGGAGCUUGACUUUUCUAAGUUGAGUCCUAAAGACGUCCCAAGCACAGAACAAGAGGACACUGUGUACUCCCAGGACCCUGUCCAGGCUGGUGCCUCAGAGGGUGGAGGAGGUUCUCCGUCAGCACUCCACCUCUGCUCAGGAGCUGAUGGUUGUGGUAAAAUAAAUAAUUUGAACUUUACAACUCCAAAUCCAAUGCAGGCUCUGAGUGGCUCCUGUUUGUGGAUCCCAUGCACCUAUAAACCUGUAAAUACAAAUGAAGACAUAAACACUGCAGACCCUGUCACUGGCUUUUGGUUUAAAGGUGUUAAUGAUAAAAAGGAAACAAAGUAUGCGUUUUCAGUCAGUGGAGACUCCAGUAAGUCUUAUCCCAUGAAUAUCACUGGGAACCUGAAAAACAAAAGCUGCACCACAAUGUUUUAUAAUUUAAACAAAACCCACGAUGACAAAUAUUACUUCAGAGUAGAGAACAGUGGUUUUAGGACCACAGCUGCUUGUGACUCUCUUCAAAUAAAAGUCAGAGACUCUCCCUGGAGCCCCACAAUAGAAGUCUCUGGUAAACAGACAGAGACAGAGGUGGUGACUAUAACCUGCUCAGCUGUCACUCCCUGUCCACACGCCCCUCCUCAGCUCACAUGGGACCUCCACCAAGGCACUGCCCACAUCACAGAGACCAACGGGACAUUUACCACUAAAAUCACACAGAACAUCACUCUGACAGACGCCCAUGAUGGACUAAUGAUAAAGUGUAAUGCAGCGUAUCCUGUGAGUGGAGGAUUCAAAAUGGCCGACAGUAAAGUGACUCUCAGUGUCUCAUAUGGUCCUAAAAACACCUCAGUGGAGGUCAGUCCGUCCGGUUCACUGUCAGCAGGUCAGUCAGUGACGCUGAGCUGCUCCAGCAGAGCCAAGCCUCCUGUCCACCACUUCACCUGGUUCAGACACAGCUCACAGGGACCAGCCAAUGUCAGCCAGGGACACACGUACAGCUUCAACCUCACUGAAGAGGGACAGUACUAUUGUGUGGCCUCAAAUACACUCGGAAACCAAUCAUCUCCAGUCAUUACACUGAGUAUAACAGAGUCUGGACCCAGUGUUGUGACUUGGAUUGGCCCAUACAACAUAGUGAAGCUCUGUGGGAUUAUACUGCUCUACAGCUCCCUGCUCCUUCUGGAAUGCUGGUUUAGAUCAACUUGUGUCAAGAAACAGGAACAGAGCCCAGAGGCAGCAGCACAUGUCAAUCGUGUCAUUGAAAAUCAAGAUUAAAACCAUUUGUGUUUAGUGUUUCCUGCUUAUGUUGUAUUUGAUCAGAUACCUGCAAAACAACAAAUACUAG